UGAUGCUUGCCUUUGACAGAGUGAAGCUCCGCCUUAUGUCCUCAGCUAUCCCAUAAUGCAGUGUGUUCCACCACUCUUCCAAAAGGGCGCUUGGUAAGGACGAGAGUUGUUGACACAAAAAAACUUUUGGUCCAAGAUGGCAGACCUAAUCGAAGAGAAGAUCAAGAACUACAAAACAGCUCCUUUUGAUGCCCGCUUCCCAAAUACCAACCAGACACGAAACUGCUUCCAGAACUAUCUUGACUUUCACCGAUGUAAUAAGGCUUUGACAACCAAGGGACAGGAUGCAUCUCCAUGUGAUUGGUAUCAGAAGGUCUAUAAAAGCCUGUGCCCCAUCAGUUGGGUAGAGAAGUGGGAUGGACAAGUUCAAGAUGGAAGCUUUCCUGGAAAAAUCUGAUCAGCUUGUGGUCAUUCUGUUAUUUGUAGAUUAACUCACACAUUAAUGUUAUUUUGUUCUGCUGUGUGCGUAAGGGGCACCUUAAUGACAUCUGUGUGACUACAUCCUUCUUACCUUGGUUACGUAAUAAAGACACACAAUGUUAAAUAAACUCGGAUGCUCAAAAA